CUCCCAUGAUUUGAAUACAAAUUCAUCGUCCUCGUCUUUACGCUUGAACAUUCACUUACAAUGGCUUCCAGUCCUGCUGUCCCUGAUCUUACCGGUGCCGCCGUCGCAUUUCAUAUCAGGCAUAUCUCCAGAGAUGGGCUAGGCAAGCAUACCAGCCUAUAUUUCGCCCGCGUUUGGGAUCUAGGCCUUGUCGAUCAAGGCUACAGCAGAGCCCGCACCGACAGACAUGUGAUCAUCAAAGCUUUCCCUAGCAAUCUUGCUGGCCAGAGGGCUUUUGAGAAAGAAUCCAAUGCCAACUUGAAGAUUGGAAGCUGCUCUCUCCAGGCAAAUGCUGUCCAGGAGCUGCUGGAGAUGAGGUCCGAUGGCAACUGGCCACGAUGUUUUGGCCAGAUGCGUGUACAACGAGAGAGUCUCGAGGAUACUGAGUCUCACUUUGAACCUGAUACAGGUGGUAAAACUGGGCUACGGUGCUUGGUAUUUGAGCACGUAGCCGGUCUGAAGCCAAUCUCCAGGGACGAUCUAACUGACGAAACCAUCGCUGCUGUCGUGGAAGUAUUCGAAGAGCUGCAUGAAGCAGGUAUCGUAUUUAAUAAUCAUAUUGACCAUGCCGUCUACCCGAAAGUGGCACUGCGGAACAUCUACCGGCGUAUCAACGGCGACCCGUUUGUCUCAGACUUUCAAUGUGCAACAGAGGCGAAACUUGAUCAGCGUGGAGACAAAAUGAAGAGCGAUGAGAUGGUCGGAUUGAAAGAUUACCUGCAGCGCAUGAGAGACGGCAAAGACGCUGUCGACACUAUCCCAAGAGAGGUACAGAUCUUGUUGGAGAGUGCCGCGUAGCCUCGACCCUACCAGGCCGCUUCCCAAACACUCUUUAACCAACGAAUACUACGGUUGCAAUUGUUUCAAACGCCACAACUUUUACAAUUAUGUUAUUUACGGAUUAAGAAAAAUAGAUUGUCUAUUCGUAUACCAGCAGAAACUACUACCUAUGUACGCAGG